AUGUUCGAGAUAAACAAUGCUCAACUCAAGCUCUACGCGGAAGCCUUUGAGAAGCUGAAGGCCAACUUUAAGGAGGUCGUCAUACAGAAGAUCCCCCGAUCGGAGAACCAAACAGCAGAUGAGUUGGCAAGAUUAGUCAACUCCUUAUCGUCGCUCACCAUAGAGCAUCCGAUCGAGCAAGUCUCAUUAGUGGCGCAUAUCGAUAAGACAGAAGGGAUAACCCUCUCGAGUGAGUGGAGGACGAUGCUGAUAGAGUUCCUCCAAGUGGGAGUCACACUGGUCGAUCAGGAGGAAGCCUGUCUACUGAAAAAGAGAGCCAGACAAUUCACCCUUGUUGAAGAUCAGUUGUAUAAAAGAGUCUUCUCCAGGGCCCUACUUAAAUGCGUCGGACCCGAAGAUGCCGAGUACAUCUUAAAGGAAGUACAUCAGGGCUCUUGUGGAGAUCACCCAGGCAAUCACUCGAUGGCCCGGAAGAACAUCAUAUGUCGGUUUGGCAACCCACGCCUGCUCGUAUCAGAUAAUGGGAGACAAUUCACCGGUCAGAAACUUAGAGAGUUGUGCGAGGGCUAUGCCAUCCAACAGGUCUUCACCUCUGCAGCCUACUCCCAGAGCAAUGGGCAAGCGAAAGUCGCCAAUAGGAAAAUCCUCAAAGGGCUACGGGCUUGGCUCAACCACACCGGAGGCAGUUGGGUUGAUGAGCCCCCCAGUGUGUUGUGGGCCCUUCGUAUGACCCCGAAGGAGGGGACCGGUGUAACUCCUUUCCACUUAGUAUACGAUGGUGAAGCAGUCGUCCCUACAGAGGUUGGAGUGGAAUCCGAUCGGGUGCGGUUCUACGAUGAAGGAAAUGUUGGACGGAGAUUCAUGGAGCUCGACUUAGUGGACGAGACGUGGGCUAAAGCAGUCAUCAGCUAA